GAGAGAGAGAGAGAGAGAGAGAGAGAGAGAGAGAGAGAGACACGCUUGUGUUUCGUUUUGCAACUCAACUGCAUUUGACAGGCGUUCUUAAAUGAAUCAACACCAGAGAAACCUGAAGAUUGAACAGACCUCCAUUCCGCCAAAGAGCCAUCGAAGACAGCUUUGUUAGCUCACAGUAAAUGCAAGAUAAGUGGCGAGAAGUGAAAAAGGUUCCAUGAGAUGACAUUUCAUCCUUGGAAUAAUCACCUGAAGGGCCAUCAUCACGCAGAUCCUGAAUAGGAGCGACAGGGAGGGAAGAAACACUCUUAACUCCAUAGAUGGCCUCAGCACCCUGCAGGUGUCUUUGAGCGUGCCAAAAUAAUUCAUUCCGACAUGAGCAUCCCAACUGGUUUUCAGGGACUGAGGGUCAAUGUUGAAAGGGGAGAAAAGAUUGGAAACAAAACCCAGAUCCAGUUUCCUCAAUCUUCGAUUGGUGAUCAAGAAGGAAGAGGAUUGAUACAGGACACAGGUUACAGCACAAGCUCCAUCCCUCCUUUGGUCUCGCAGAGUGAAUCCCCCAACAAGUUAGUGAUCUGGGGCUCUGAGCAGCGAUGCUUGGAGCCUGAGUUCAGAAAGUUCGAGCUUUUGGAGUGUCAGGAGAUACAUACAUUCUUGGGAAACAGGGAUCAGGAGGAGGAUGACGAUGGAGGAAGUUUGAGGGAUGGAAAAGAUGAGGGUCCCAUGUCCAUAUCCUCAAGCUCAACUGCCAGCUCUGCUUCGACCGGCGCGACGAGAAAUGACAACGACAACAACAAAGUGGUGAGCAGAAUACAGAGGGGCACAGAGGUGCAAAAAAGGAUUGCCUGUCAUAGCACUGAAGACCUAGACACAUGUGUGACAGGCUCAAUAGAUAAAAGGGACAGCAGGUCAGGUAGAGACAGGGAGAGACGGAAGGGGGGUCUGAAGGAAUCCAAGUCUGAGACAAAUGUGUUUGUCUCCAGUCUGUCAGCUGUUUCCCUCAGCGGGAGCCUUUCAGAUGUGCUGGAUAGUAGAGGAGAGGCGCAGUUACUUGUCUCGACCAACCCAUUUCCCAAUACAAACUACUCUACCUCAGCACAGACCAGAAGAAGGGCAGCCCCUGUGGAUGCCAACCAGAACUCUCCACCAUCGCAUUUUCAAGAGAGACAUGACCUUCCUCAAUUUUUCAGGCAGGAUCAGAGACAGGAGGAAAUAGGUCAUCAUAGAAAUGGAUUGUCCUAUGAUGGGGGGCUGGGUCAAAGGAGGAAGGCGGGAUUUGACGAGAGGGUGCUGCCUCCACGACGGCAACAGCUCGUAAGACCCCUCUGCCAGACAGAAGUGGGAAGGGCGAGGAGCUUAGUAGAGCCCAAUGCUCAUCAAACUGAGACAGGGCAACCUUCUUCCCCCAACCUCCUCCCAGAUUCACACAGUUAUGGGUCAAACAGAAAGUUUACGAAAUCGUCUUUACGUGAACCCUCCGAUUUCUCCGUCCUGUAUAACACACCUGGAGUCUAUCAGCCCAGGCUGCCCAACCAGGCAGCACAGAGGGAAGCUCCAUCUGUAGAAACACAGCUGGCUCCAACAGCAUGGCGUAAUUCAAGUCCUUCCAAUCCUUCCAAUUUAGAGAAGAGACCCCAGACUCAGCUCACAUACAGAAGGAAUUGCUCCAGUCCCAACAGGACAGGAAUUGAUUCAAGGUCAUCUACCCCUCCCCACUCCCCUCUCAGGACACCCCAGGGUUCACCACGCAGGCAACCCUCCAUGUACCUCGUUUCCAGGAAUGUCCCUGGAGUGGUUAGACACAUCCCGUCAGGAUGCAACCCUGCUGUAACGACAUUAGCUCAGGGCUAUGGCAACAGUUGCAUGAGAGCACCAGUCAAAACCAAUAUAAGCACAAGUGGAAUCCCCAAAGCGCCUCUUAACAACCAGCAGAGCUUUAACCCUAACCCUAAAGAGAGCUCCCCAUCACCUAAACUCAAACCUAAAGGAGUUCGGCCCAAAAUCAUUACCUACGUCCGAAAGAAUCCUCAGUUUAAGCCCCAGGCUGUUGAUGGACCUUAUCAGGUAUCCUCCCUACCAUCCAGGCUGUCAGCAUACCCACAUGGCCAAACAGCCACUUCCUGCAAAGACACCCCUAAAGACCCCUCCAAGCCCAAUGCAGAAACCAGAGGAGCCCCAGUGCUCAGUGCCUCCAAUCUGCUUUAUGACAAGUAUCGCCAAGAGAUGCAGACAACCACCUUCCCAUCAGAAAUGCUGAGCCGGAGUAUCAGGCCCCCUGGACACACACACACCGUCCCCCCUGCACACACACACAGCUACACGGCACAACCGAAACUGGGAAGCAAAGCAGACACCUUCUAUGGGGCGCCAUCAGAGAUGGGACGGUCUGCCAGUUUUAAAGGGAGUGCCGGUGAGGACGCGCUGCAGUCAAGGACGGCUGCUCAGGCCGGAGGCAGCGGAAGCCUCCUGCGCACAGGCAGAGGUUUGCGUCUGGGCCUAGGAGCUGUCGCCAGGACGACUACGGGUUCAGCCAAGGGCAGAGGACCUGGUCAAUGUCAGAGGUCAACACUGGUCUUCAGCCAGCCAGUCCAACCUGUCAGCCCAGCGACCAGUCAGAGAAGCCAAGAUAACACAGAUGACCAGGUUUUCACCCAUCAUGCUCCUCCUCCUGCUCCAGCAUCAGCAGCAGACCAGCCCCAGGUCGCGGCCUCCAGGUCUCUGCUACCCAAAGUGAGCCAUACCGGCCUGCGCCCCCCAGGCUUUUGCUCCAGCCGUCUCCCCGCGGGCCGCCUGGCAGCCUUCGGCUUCGUCAGGAGCUCCAGCGUGUCCUCUGUCUCCUCGGCCCACUCUGCUGAAAGCACACAGAAUGACCCCUGCAGGACGGCUCACCGUCUGAGUGUGAGCGAGGAGCCUCCUCUUCAUAGAGUGACCACCAGCCCUCCGUCGACAGAUCCCCAGAGAGGGGCACCAUGCCGCAGCAACAGCCUUCAGCCGCCAUCUACCCCAGCCCUGCACCGCCGCUACCUGCCUGCCCAGCCAAGAAACUCCCCCGGAGUCGGCAGGAAGGAGUUCCAGCGGAGUUCAGAGGUCACACGUUCUCUCCCUUCCUCCCCAAAGAGGCUGGCGGUGGUUCCUCCCAAACCUCAGUCCCCGGUCCAGUCUGGGCAGCGGCCCGCAGCAGCAGUGCGGGGGUCAGCUCCCCCGGGGUCCCCUCGCCACGUGGCCCCCCUCAGGCUGCAGCAGGAACAGCAGGAGAGCCUUCAGAGAGAGAAAGAGGAGGCUCAACAGAAAGAGAGAGAAAGGCAAGCAGAAGAAAAAGAAAAAGGAGAGCAAAGGGAGGAGGUUCAGAGGCUGCAGGGACGCUGUGAGCAGCAGGAGAGGCAGCUGGGAGCUCUAAGAGAAGAACUGAGAAAGACUUCCUUGGGUCUGGAAGCCUUUAUUAUCACCACUCAGCAUUACUGCCUCAAGAAUAAAACUACAAAAGAAAAUCAAUGGAAAUUGUCCCUGGAAAUGCAAAACAUCAGAGAGGAAAUGGCAUCCAAUUCAGCACGAUGGGAGAGACUCUAUCGGGAGAAGACUACGCUGGAGGUGGCGUUUGAGCGAGAGCUGCAGGAGCUGCAGCUGCAGCAAGAGGCCGAGCUGGCUGCUGUGGAGGAGGGGCUCAGGAAGUGUCACUCAGCGGAGGCAGAACACCUGAAGGAGGAGCAUCGGUCAGAAAUCCAGGAGCUGAGGACUCAGCAACAGGAACAGAUGGAGGAGAUGACAGUCAACCACCAGGCAGCCAUUCAGGAGCUCAGAGACAUGCAUAACAUCACCAUGGCAACUCUGCACGAGGAGCACGCCCGCACCAUGAGAGACUUAAGGAAAGCUCACGAGCAACAGAAGAUGCUCCUUGAGGAGGAUUUUGAGAAACUCAGGCUUACUCUACAGGAUCAAGUGGAUACCCUCACAAUUCAAAACCAGAGUCUGAAGAACAAAGCCAAACGCUUUGAGCAGGCUUUGAGAAGGAGUACAGAUGAACAGAUAGUCGAUGCUUUGGCUCCAUACCAGCACAUUGAGCAAGAUCUGAAGAGCUUGAAGGAGGUUGUGGAAAUGAAGAACCAGCAGAUACAUCAUCAAGAAAAGAAGAUCUCCGACCUGGAGAAAGUGCAGGCCCAAAAGAACGUGUUCCUUGAGGAGAAAGUCCAGGUUCUGCAGCAGCAGAAUGAAGAUCUGAGGGCUCGUAUUGACAAUAACUUAGUCCUUUCCCGGCAACUGUCAGAGGAGAACGCCAACCUCCACGAUUCGGUCGAGAAGGAGAGCACUGAGAAGAAGCGGCUGAGCCGAAACAACGAUGAGCUUCUGUGGCAUCUCCAGAACAGCCCCCUCAUGUCCCCCGCCUCCUCCCCUCUGCACCGCUCCUUCUCCACCUCCCCGAUCCCCUCAUCCCCGUUCUUCUCCUCCUCGCCUGUCGCAGGGUGCGACUCCCCCACCCACUGCCCCGGCUGUUCCCAGCAGGCUCAAUACUGCUCCCCCUCCCACAGAUCCUCCACCAACCAGAAUCUCUCCCCUGGACCAGGGACACCCACUCACAGGGCGGCGAGCAAUCAGAAUUACUCCCCUGGCCCAGCCACGCCCACACACAGAGUGUCAGCCAAUCGCUGUAACUCAGCCGCUUGUCUCAGCGCUUUGCAGAGAUAAGCUCACAUUAUCUCUCUUUAAUUUCCUUAACUUCUCUUUUAUUUACAUCAUUCUCCUCCUCCCUUUUUGAAUGUGAAUAACAUCGAAGUGUUGGAGAAAAACAAGGACUGUGGUCUCCAGUCAUCAUAGGACAAACCGGGCAGACAGUCAGUGUCAAAGCACCGAGGUUGCUUCUCAAGCCCCUACAGCUGAGGGUGUCCAACAUGUGAAACACAACAUUGGACACACGGAUAAAUAUUGUAAUGGAAAACAGAUCAGUUCUCUUUCCCCAACCCUACUUGUAUAAAUCCAAAGUCCUGUAAAAGCAGACUGUACAUACUGUACGAUAGUGACACAGAUAGUGUCGACAUGUAGUGAAACUCCCCUGCACAGUCCCGCACAGACCGAAACAGUAGGUGGAAAGUAGCACACUCUUACCACCAGAACAUAAUACUCUGGUGUGUUAAAAACACGCUCACAUCCUCGAUAAAAUAAGCUGCACUCAUUGGGAUUAGUUUCUCUCUGUACAAUUCUUUUAAAAAAAAAUGUUUUCUGAAAAAAUCCCCAACAAAAAGCGCCUUAUACUCAGUCCUGCCGUCUUACCAGCAGAGAAUGACCAAGAUUUUAUUUCAGAAAAGGACUUUGGAUAAAGAAUUUGUCUGUAAAUCAAAGUGAACCCUGUUUUUCAGCCUCCUCAAGGUGUAUUUAACAUUUUGUAAUUAGUUCACAGUUUUACUUGUGUGGGACAAGCCCUACCUGGAACCCCAGCCAUUUUACCUACAAAAUCCAGAGGACUUAAUGCAAAGUCUUCCUGCAGCAACGCGUCACAUGCUCUUUCGGGAUCCCUCAGGUCAACUUGCAAAAACUACGUCUGCCAUUUUGUAUUUACCUCAGCGGGAAUGUGCAGUCUGUUGUGUCUGUAGCUCAACGGCAACAAUUACAACACAAACACACAGCUACCAGGGAGCUCAAUGCUAAGGGAGGAAAACCUACCACAGGAAUCGUUGUUUAAAACGUUGUUGUGCGUUUCUUUCAAAUGUGAUGUUUAUAUCUAAUUUAUUUGUUUCAUGUAUUUUGUUACUUGAGCAAGCAUGUACUGUGGAAGUCUUCCAGUCUUAAUGUGAAGUUUAUUAUGGUCCGUCUAUUUAUUAAGCUUGAGGUGUGGAGGAAACGAAUGGCGUUUGUAACUUUGAAAAUAUCACCUAUGGGACACAAGUGGAAUAUGUGAUGUACCCCAGAGGAAAGGAUACAUGCUGACUUUUUGUCAUCACUUGUACAUAAGGUGGGACUGUCUUCUGAUAUAAUUAUAGGUCUAUAAGCUAUGUAGGUUAAACAAAAUACAGUUUAACCCUCUGUUUACCCAUUUGUGACUAGUGUCGCAAACAUUAGUGUCGCCCUUUCUGAACCUGUGUUAACCUCGUCAUGAACUUCUGAUGCUUCUGGUUUCUUUAUCUGAAUGACACUUUUUAUCCUGUGAGUAUUACGUUCAGGCUACGCUGAGUUUUCAGUGUGCAGGAAUAUAUCAUUCAGGGAAUUAUUUUCUAAAUUUAGAUUAGAAAUGAUUUUGUAUAGCUUCUCUACAGAACAUUAUACACUCAAGAUAUUUUCCCGAGAUAAUUGUCCUCUUCUAUGAAAUACAAUAGAGAAACCAGCCUUUGGUAUGUAUAGAAAUGAGAAUUAUUUUAUAGCAUACAGUUUGUCAAAGCUGCUUCCUGUACUGUACUCUACUGACUAACUUACCCUCAGGGUCCGAAUCCUUCAUCUGGCUUUUUCUUUGAAAACUACAGUACUAUACAGAGUAAUCUCCGUGAUUUACUCGCACAUGAACAAACAAAGAUGUUCGGACUACACGUGAAAACGAGCCGCUGUGAAUAAACGAGGACAGUGAGAAGGAACGAGGGUAAGUCUUGCUAAUAUGAGAAUGGUUUAGGGUUAGUCUCUUUUUCUGUUUUGUUACAGGUUGAAUAAAUGUAACCUUUUACCAGCAUGUAGAGGAUGAUGUAUUUCUGUUUUUUUUUCAGUAAUAGACUUUUAAGAGGAUCUGUAAUUGCUAUACCAGCACUUUUGACGGCCGUGAAAAAGUGAAAAUCUUUUUAUGGAUCUUCAAGAUUUUUUGUAUGACUCUCACAAAGGGUUAAACGCUCUUAAACGAAAGAAUGUCAAAAACAGCAUAAGAUUUGACAAAUGUGUCUCGAUUGUCACUUGUUUUAUACCUACGCUGAUGCUUUUUGAGAAUGUCUUUGCAUUACGAUCAAUUGUAAGAAUAUACCAGUCAGAGGGUCACUGUGUUUUCGAAUGUUUUAGGAUUGCAGUUCACCUACGUCAUCGAAGGAUUCUUCAUUGUCCUCCUAAAGGUCACUUCACGUGCAACAAAUACAAGUCUGCAAAGAUGCAACAAAAACUAUUGUUUACAAAUGACAGGGUAAAGUCUCAGAUUUCAUCUUAAAUUAAUAUUUCACUUUUGAAUGGACUAUGGUUUCUAAAUAAUGAACUGGUAUUGUACUGACCCUUCAAUGUGUCCUGUGGACAUCUGUGUCUCACUAUGCGCUGAAUGUCCAAAAUGUAAUGACUGCAUUUUAUACAAGUCAUUCAAGGGAUUUUGUUUGAUAUAGAAGGACCUCUGCUCUGAUCACUAUGUAGCAGGCAUUUAAUAUGUAGCACUUGGUAGAGCCUCCCUACAACAAACAUGGGUUAUUUAUUAAAAACAUUAGGGAUGGAAACGCCCAUGUUCAUGUUUAAAUGCUAUUGUAGCAAAUGUUUCCAUGGCUUGUUGAUUUUCAGCACUAGAAUUUGAAUUUGUGGAGGUAAGCUAUAUAAUUAACCUGUGUAGAUUUGGUCCAGAGACAAGGUUUACUGAAUUAGUUUGUUCUGGCACUGAUUGUAUGUUUGAAUGUAAAUACAUUUACAACAUGAGUUGUGUCUUAGUGCACCAACAAAGUAAUAGAAGCAUGUUUUUUCUGUCUUUGCUGUUUCUCGUUCUCCCUUUCUCUUCUUUUACCUCUCUGCAUUUGUGAUGGUCAAAAUGUAACCGUAGCGUAGGAGGCCUAGAGGACGAGGAAUGAGAUAGUACAACAUGUAAUGUAUACGAAGUAUCUUUAGGCUUUUAUUUCUACUUUUUGGGGAGAACACAGUAAUAAAAGAUAUUCAA